CCCUCGAAGUUCGAACCAGCCUUAGCGAUGCAUCUCGCAACUUCCACCCUCGCUCUAAGCCUCUUGGCCUUGCUUGCAUCUCCUGCGGCAGCGGCCCCCUUCAACACGACCGAGAUCACCCUCUCCUCGCGAAGUAAUGGCAUCAACCAGCACGGAAAAUCGAGUCUCUGCGGUGGCAAUCACCUGCACCUACUCGUCGAGGCCUCCAAGCACAUCAACAAGGACAAGAAAUACCUAGACGGCCAACACAUCGUCUGCAACUCAAACGACCGCGUCUUCUGGGACAACAGCGGCGAGUGCGCCUUCCCCGUGAACACCAAAUUCGGCCUCUCCGGCUCCAAAAUCACCCAGCUCCUCGAAGCUCUCGUCGAGUUUGGGGCCAAGGACUGCGGCAACGUGCCUGUAAACUAUCCUGCUAUCAACGAUGGGACCAACGGGGUGCUGAAGGUCGACUAUGUGCGGCAUAUGCAGGCGGGAUGCAAGGAUCAGUCUCAUGUGUGCGAUUUUGCGAGGGCGCCGCAGGAGAAGCCGCAGGAGAAGCCGCAGGAGAAGCCGAAGGAGAAGCCGAAGGAGAAGCCGAAGGAGACUAAAAAAAUUACGGCUACGGCUACAGCAACUACUGUUGUGGGCACGGUCACAACAACUCCUACUGCGGCUGUGGGUGCGCAGCCGACGGAAAAGCAUCAUGAGAAGUUGCUGCAUUGGCUGCAUUGGCUUCAUGAUCUCAUCGAUGUUCCACGACCGGCGCCAGCUGGUAGUGGCGUGAAUGAGAGCGCUACGGCCGACAACGGCAUCUAGUGAUGGAGAUAGUUGGGUUGGAAUCGAUGCUUUAAUGUGUCGAUCCUAAUGCGAUUAGAAGGAUGAUGACAUUGGGAGGAUGAGAUUGGAAGGAUGAUUGAUAAAACGCGCGUCUCGUGAUUAGAUAGGAACACAACGUACAAUUAAAAAACC